AUGGACAACAAGCCCCUGCUGCAGGAGCGGCCCCCCGCCUACAGCCCCGCCGCCCAGGGCGCGGGCUACGACUACGGGCAGAGCAACUACGGCGCCAUCCCCGCCCCGCAGCCCGGCUUCCAGCCGCCCCCGCCCUACCCCUACCCGGGCGCCGCGGCUGCCGCAGGGUAUGCUGUUCCUCCACCGACAUCACAGCCAAACUAUUCGAGCACGUACACCAUUAUUCAACAGCCUGCUACCACAACUUCUGUAGUAGUAGUUGGUGGCUGUCCUGCCUGCAGGGUUGGCGUGUUGGAGGACACCUUCACCUGUCUUGGUGUUUUGUGUGCCAUUGUAUUCUUUCCAAUUGGGAUUCUGUUCUGUCUUGCACUGAGGCAGAGAAGAUGCCCUAAUUGUGGGGCAGCUUUUGGCUAAGGGGACAAACGUGGAUGUGCUUAUGGAAGCUACAACUGUUAGCAUACUCUUUCUAAUGUAAAUGUCAUGUACAAUCAUUUUAUUUGCUUCAGACCUGUUUUGUAAAGUGUGAAGAAAUUUAGUCUCUUGCAUGUAAUUUAAACUUAAUCUUUUAUGAGCAUGUGCAUUGCAAAACAUGAAAACCCAACUUGUUUUCCAUGUUUAGUGGCACCUGUUGACAACUAAAUAAAACUGCUUUUCCUUUUGCAAUCCUCAA